UCCAAAUGUACCGAAUUAUCAAGGCGUCUCACAUCAAUUAUUCACAGACGAAGUACAAGUACAUCAUGUGGAAUCAUUUCUCAAACAUCUUCAAUUGACGAACAUGCACUUCGAUCAGAUCUAUUUUGAGUCAACGUCGAGGAUGCCAUGGACUUUGAUCUUUCACAGGACAUUGUGAAAGACGCGUCGUAUUCAUCAUCUCAAUUGCUACAUAAUUUACCUUCCAGCAGACUAAUAAGUGAAACUCGUUUUGUAGAUCACAGUGGCCACAGUAAUCACAGCGGUCAGCAGCAAUUUUCGAUAUCUCAUCACACGGAUUAUAUUAGCAAUACUAGUUUGUCGACAUCGCCAACAUCGACGACUCCUGUGAAAAGCGAAAAGGUUGGUCCUAAAAACAUUUCCGUGUCAUCCUACCAAACAGGAUCUGCCAUAUCAAAAAUUGAAGAGAUUUACGAAGCCAUGACAGACUGUAUUAUCGGGCGAAGGAAACAGUUUUCUUUCGAUCUGAAAUCUCGAAACCUCAGCCCAAGAAAUGCAGGUGAAGACAACAAAGAACUUCCCAUUUCAAGGAGUAGAGUUGUGCAGUUUCCGAAUGCCUCCCCUCGAGAGGCGUGGAAAUUUAGUAGGUUGGAGGUUGUUCCUUGGUAGCCCAUACUAAUACCAAUUUAGCUGCUUUGCUGCGAAUAGUGACGCUUUCUCAUGAGGCGCUUGUCACUGGCAACAUCAUUACGAAAAGGUAUGCCAUUGCCAUUUCGUGGCGAUAUCUCUUUCAAACUGACUGUUCAUAAUCAGAGACAUGUAUUAUCGAGAUCCAGAACUCUUUACGAAACAAGCAAUCGUCGAUCGUUUUGUGGAUGACAUCGCCUACACCCUUGGAUUAAAGCGCGAUGCUAUGAAUGUGGUCAGUGGAUUUCGUCCAAACCCGCUUUUUUCUUUAUAUCUCACUCAUACUCCGCAGGUGGCAGCCGCCAAAGGGUUAGUCGCAGGCUCGUUUGCUAUCAGAAGAAGGAACAAGUCUGUCAUUGACUAUUCAACAGCAGCAGAUGUUGGCUCACCGUACUAUCUCAUUUUUUGUUUUUACUAACCUUCUUAGUCACAAUUGAUGCCGUGGAUCAGAGAAAUUGAAGAAAUUGACCUCUUUCAGGUCAAAUGGAUCUUGGUGAUUGAGAAAGAGGUUGUACACGUUAAUUUGCAGGGUUGCAACAUCUCUAACUCCAUAUAGGCUACCUUUCGCUCAUUGGUAGAAAAAAGAUACUGGGAAUAUUCGGUCUCAGGGAAAGGGAUAUUACUUACUGUUCGUCGAAUCUUCUUGUGGUAUUUCCUUGAUCCUAAUAAUUCUAGGCUAAAGGUUAUCCUGAUAUUCAAAGUCGACAGUUUCUCCACUAUCUGGCAGAAAAUCAUCCACUGAUACCAAUAUAUGCUCUGGUAGACUUCGAUCCCGAUGGCAUAGGUAUUAUGUCCACAUACAAAUACGGCUCUGUCACGCUCGCACAUGAAAACGAAGACCUUUCGGUUCCUUCAAUACGCUGGCUUGGACUUAAAAGCACGGAUAUGAUGCAUAGAGGGGAAGAAAGUGAAGGCCUACUCAAAUUAACGAAAAGAGAUAGGCGAAUCGCGGUGGGGAUGCUGCAGAGAGACGUAUGCCAGGAUGAUGGAGUUGAAAAGGAAUGGAGAAGACAACUUCAAAUUAUGUUGAUGCUAAAUACAAAGGCGGAAAUUCAAGUUAUUGGUAAUGGCGACCUUUUAGAGACCUGGCUCAAUAGAGAGCUAGAAAGGCAAAACAAAGGGGCCAAAGUAUCAUAAAAACAUUAUUUAAGAAUUUCUCUCUGACAAACAGAUCAACCCGUCUAAGCAAUACCAUAAACAUGUCGCUAAAUAUAUCAAGCAAGAAAGCAAGCUCCGUCUCAUAAAUUCACCAUCCUUUGAGGAAGAUCUCCAAACAAAA